GGGAAAGAGGCGAGCGAGGGAACGAGUCGGUGCGGGCGGUGGGCUCCGUGGCCUGGUGGCCUCUCCGGCGGCUCAGGAGCGACGGGUCGCGUCCGCUUGACGAGCUCCGCGGAAGGGGCCGGCAGCUGGGCACAGCCACCCAUACCGGGCUGCCGGCUCCGGGGGCUGUGACCUAGGCAGCCAAAGGGACGCGGUCCUCGGCCGGCUGCCGGGCGGCGGGUCGGGAGGCCGUGAGGAGGCGAGGAGAGGGAUCCUCCCUGCUUUCGCCGCCUCUCGAAGGGGUUUCUUGCGAGGCUGGGGUCCCCACCGGGUCGGGGCAGGCGGAGUGCGUCUGCGGGCUGAAGCGGGAAAGCGAUUCCUCGGGGAGGCGAGGGAAGCCGCCACCCCGAAGGACCGCUUCCGGGGGCCCCUAGGCGGGAUGGUGGCGUGAGGGGCUCCUCGGGGCCCCUGGGAAAGCCGCCCGGCGGAGGAGGCGGCCAAAGCCAGCGUUGCUUUGACGGCUGCCCUCCAGAUGUUUCCUUAAAAGCCCGCCGAGUCCAGAUUGGGAUAGGCCGGGCGGAGAGGGAAGGGCGGAGGCUGGCGAGCGCAAAGGCUGGCGAAGUUGGUCUUUCGUCGACCGAGGCCGGCGGGAGGCUGCGAUGAAUGGUUUCAGCACAGAGGAAGAUAGCCGGGAUGGUCCUCCUACCACCCCUUUUUACGGACAAAGUUGUUGCCUCAUCGACGACGGGGAUCGUUGUGUCCGCCCGGCUGGCAAUGCCUCCUUCAGCAAGAGGAUCCAAAAGAGCAUCUCUCAGAAAAAGCUGAAACUGGAUAUUGACAAAAGUGUAAGACACUUAUAUAUAUGUGAUUUCCACAAGAACUUCAUUCAAAGUGUCCGAAAUAAAAGGAAAAGGAAAACUAGUGAUGAUGGGGGAGACUCUCCAGAGCAUGAAAUAGAUGUUCCAGAGGUUGACUUGUUUCAGCUUCAAGUAAACACUUUGCGCCGUUACAAAAGACAUUACAAAUUACAAACCAGACCUGGUCUCAAUAAAGCUCAGUUGGCAGAAACUGUCAGUCGUCACUUCAGGAACAUCCCAGUGAAUGAAAAAGAAACUCUUGCUUACUUUAUCUACAUGGUAAAAAGCAACAAGAGCAGAUUGGAUCAGAAAACAGAAAGCAGUAAACUGGAAUGAAAGUUAGGUAGACUAUGGACUCAGACAAGUGUAAUAUUAACAAAAGCAUCAGGUGCAUUAUAAAUACUUUUUUAAAAAAAUAAGAUUUUUUUUUUGUAAAUUAAAAUAUACAUAGGAAAAAGCAAAGUUUGAUCCCAUAUUAUAAUACUUAAUUUCAAAAUGUGUAUGAAAACCUUUGCAGUUUCAAAGCCUGGUCUUUAACUUGAAGGAAAGAUCAAAACAAACUCAAGAAGCCCAAAGCAAUGACUGUUUAAGAAAUUGACUUAUGUUACAGAUUGUAACAUGAACCAUGCAUGAAUUUGAAUUUGGCAUUCUUGAAUAGAAUCUCAUACUCACAUAGUAUUUAAAGGCACAGACCAGGUAAAACUUCUAAAUUCUAAUUUCAACCACAUAAAAUUACUUGUUUUGAGACUAAAUAUCUCAGAUUUUCAUGGGUGCUAAAAAUUUCUAAUCCUAGCUUUUUUGCAUAUAUGAUCAGUUUUUAUAUUGAAACAUAGAAAUUGUCCAGCAUAACUCAUUCAUUAAUAUUUAUUAGAAUGUCAUGACUACACAAAUUCUAAUGUGUUAAAUGUCUGUUUUUCAAACCAACUAUUGAAUAGAGAGCUGUUGCCACAGAUUCAUGCUAUUUCCUGAUUUUUUAAUGCACACACACACACACACAAAUUGAAGCUAGAAAAAAUUUCAAGUUGCUAUGAGCUCUUUUUAAGUAAUUGGAAUCUCAGUCUAGUCCUGAUGAGACUACAAAGCAAACACUUUACAGUAAUAACUAAUAAAGUUGGCAGUGGCUUCAAUUUAUCUUCAUUUUGAUAGUGAGAACAAAUGCCAUGUUGAGCCAUUUAUUUGUUCUAGGUAUCAUGUUUUAAAAUGCAGAGUAACUAUAAGUUUCUCGCUGUCUGUGCCCACAGUCCAGAUAAUCACUGUGCACACACAAAGCUUGUUCUUCAUUUACUUAUAUGGGGAAGGUGACAUUAUAGUCUACUCUAAAUAGUUCUUCCUAUAAGUCCUAAUCUGCUUGGAGUUUAACAUCUUUUGGGUCUCUUACUCCCACAUUUUGUAAUGCCGAAAGGCAUAAAUGCAUUUUAAAAUGUCCUGUAGAUUACCUUAUAUAGCAAACAUUCUGGAUCAGUUUGACAUUAUUCAGCAGUUGUUUAAAGUAAGGCAUAGAACUACAUUACAUUAGCAGUUUUCACAUUACAUUUACUAUUAAUAUUGAAUUAAGGACCUCUUAGUUCUUUCUUUCUGUCCUAAAAAACAUUUUUCAAAAUUUUGUAAACUUUAAAAACAUUUUUUAAGUCCAAAUAAAGAUAAAAUGUUGUUCUAUACGGUGCUAGGAGACAAACUUUGGUAGUUUUUUCCCCCAAAAUUUAAUGAUGUGAAAACCCAAAAUGCACAUCUCAGCAAAUGCAAAAGUUCAUUUAUAUAGCCAUGUUUUAUUUUUGUUGCAAAUAGAUCACCAAUUUAUGUUACUCCAAUUAACUGAAUGCCCCUUUUAAUGUACAUUUUAAAUUUAAAAACACAUGGAUAUAUAACGAAAACUAAAAUAUUUCAGAGUGUGCUUUGCAUUUUAAAGUUUACCAAGUCCCACUGCUUCCUUCCCUGAAAUGCUAAACCAGAAAUCAAAUAUGCUAAAUGAUUUUUAUAACUGAAUGUGUAACAAAUUGUAUUUGAAUAUUUGUAACUUCAAUAUUCGCAUUAGAAAUACAAUGACAAUGACAUAAUUUCUCAACAGAGAUUGGCAUCCUAUGACCACCUUUAUUUUUAUAUUGUUAGGACUUGUAAUGCAAAUAACAAAGUUUCAGCAACUAAAUUACUACAGAAAAUUGCAACAACUAGCUGUUUACACAAGCAAUCAGUUCAAUAGUUGCUUUGGAGAUCAGAUUAAGUAGUUUCCUAAAUCACAUAACAAGGUUUGCUGUCAUACUUUAUAAAAAGAAAAGAUUUUAUGAGGAAAUUGAGGACUUUCGUGUAAGAUGUUAAGAAUAACUGAUAUUAGAAUUCUUGAGACGUGUCUUUUAGAUAUAUUGUUAUUUGCCUUACUCUCAGCUAGACCAGGUAUUGUACAAAUAUCUUGGCACAAGGAAAGGGCCGUUAGUUUUUCAUGACAUUUAGUGUUAGAGGUUGAUUUUAACAAGAUAUAAUUGUGUGUGUGUGUUUGUUUGUUUGUUUGUUUUCAGGGAGUUGCCUGUGAUUCUUGAACAUCUAGUAUUGCAUCACCAAAAACACCAUCAUGCAGUUCAAAAUAAUGGCAAAUUAUGCUGCAUGCCAUUUAAGGAAACUUUCAAAUUCCUAGUGGUUUUAAUAAAACCUUGAUCAUCAUUUUGAGCUUCAGAGGAUUUGAAUCCUAAAACAGUAUCUAACAUUAAUAGUAUAUAUGAAAAAAGAGUCAGAUUGGCAUGUUUAUUCAUAGAAACUGGUGGGUAGUAUUUUAUUGACUCUUGUUAAACAUCAAUUUUACAUUGGAUUUAAGCUAUUAAAUAAUAAACCUUGGCCUGGGAGUGACUUCCCACAUUGUCUAGUAGUUGUAGAUAAUACUGCGGACUAGCAGUACUGAAUAAAGCUCACUCAAAACCAAAGGUCUUCAAACCCACUGAAAGCUAACAGACGAUUUAUACUUGUUAAAUUGGCUUUGCAUCAGAGCCGAAGAUUUUAAUAUGGCACAUCUUCUAGAAUGAGGUUAACUUCAUCAAAGAUGGUUGUCCUCUGUGCAUUAGUUGUAGUUGUAAUGAUAGUAGUAAUAGCACAAGAAAUUUUGUUCAUCCCUUGAAUGAAGGAAAGAGCAAAGGGAAGGGGAAGUGCAAUGACAAUUAGUACUAGAACAACAUUUUUAUGAAUGCCUGGUGCAAGGUACAGUUGGAGUAUUUUGGAGGAUAUCUCAGUCUGGUGGUUUAGCUUCCAAGUGUGGUUCUAUGAUGUAAAUGUUAAUAUCAGAUUCCUACAUUAAAUUUAAUGUUUUCUCUUGCAACUAAUGCCAUAAAUUAUGGUUGAAAAGAAGAGGCCUCUGUUCUUACAGAAUGCUGUAAAUUUGCCACCUUGACAGAUUUACCAAUAAAUAUUUCCUGUGAGGGUCAGGAAAACAUCUUAAAGCCAAAGUAGUCCAGUGCAAGAGUAUUUUUCAUACUUUGAUAAAA